AUGAUAGGCUUCUUCCUGUUGGGAAUGCAAGGAUUCCUUCCAGGUGAUACUGCCAGGCAUCACCGAGCUGUUAUCCUGGACCUGCUACAGGAGGCACUAACAGAGGCUGGAUUAACCUCCCAGGAUAUUGAUUGCAUUGCCUACACCAAAGGCCCUGGCAUGGGUGCCCCAUUGGUUUCUGUGGCUGUUGUGGCCCGUACUGUGGCCCAACUGUGGAAUAAGCCUUUGCUGGGCGUGAACCACUGCAUAGGCCACAUUGAGAUGGGCCGCCUCAUUACUGGAGCCACCAGCCCUACCGUGCUGUAUGUCAGUGGAGGAAAUACACAGGUGAUUGCAUAUUCAGAACAUCGUUACCGCAUCUUUGGGGAAACCAUCGAUAUUGCUGUGGGUAAUUGUCUGGAUCGUUUUGCUCGAGUGCUAAAGAUUUCCAAUGACCCAAGUCCGGGCUACAACAUCGAACAGAUGGCAAAGCGAGGCAAGAAACUAGUUGAGCUGCCGUAUACUGUAAAGGGGAUGGACGUCUCAUUCUCAGGGAUCCUGUCUUUCAUUGAGGAUGUAGCCCAACGGAUGCUGGCUACAGGCGAGUGUACUCCUGAGGAUUUAUGCUUCUCUCUGCAGGAAACCGUGUUUGCAAUGCUGGUAGAGAUCACGGAGCGAGCCAUGGCACAUUGUGGCUCCCAGGAGGCCCUCAUCGUGGGAGGUGUGGGGUGUAAUUUGAGGCUACAGGAAAUGAUGGAGACAAUGUGCCAGGAACGUGGAGCCCGGCUUUUUGCCACAGAUGAGAGAUUCUGCAUUGACAAUGGAGCCAUGAUAGCCCAGGCUGGUUGGGAGAUGUUUCGGGCCGGGCAUAGGACCCCCCUCAGUGAUUCUGGAAUCACACAGAGGUAUCGGACAGAUGAAGUAGAAGUGACCUGGAGGGACUAACAACUUUAACAUGAUCAGAGUAGAUAGUGCCGUACGUAGAGCCUACAGGAACUUGGACCUUAAUCUCUGUCUGAUCUGGGCACCCUGGUGAGGCUAUGGACUCCUGUCUCCCAUAAUUUGAACCUCAAGUUGAUUCAGCAAUAAAAUAUUGUUGGUUUUGGGGCGCCUGGGUGGCGCAGUCGGUUAAGCGUCCGACUUCAGCCAGGUCACGAUCUCGCGGUCCGUGAGUUCGA